AUGGAUCACGACCAUCACCUCCACCAGGAGCCCUUUGACGACCAACAUUCGGCCUGGCGCCCAGAUGCUCCCUACAAUCCCCACCACCAGUCGCCUGUCCAGGACUACAGUGGCUUCGCAACCUAUCCGCCCCUUCCCAUGGAACCCAUCUACGCCACGGGCAUGCACCCUCCCCACCAAACCCACCAGACUCCGAGAAACACACACCCCCAGUUGCAGCCCCUGAUCAUGCCCCAGAUGCCUCAAUGGCCCAGCAUGCUCACCAGCCAGUCGACGUACCAGGCUCCGCUCUUCCCUUCGGCGCCUCCCCCCAUUACACCCGCUUCAGCAACGCCAGUCUCCGCCACUUCAACCCAGUCCCGCACUUCAUCCACGCCUCGAAAGACGCUUACGGACGCAGACCGCAGGCGCAUGUGCCAGUACCACGAGGACAACCCUACAGUCAAGCAAACGGAAAUUGGAGCAAUGUUUGGCGUAGAACGAAGUACCGUUUCCAAAGUCUUGCGCCAAAAAGAAAAGUACCUCUACCAAGACGAUGGCAGCCGAUCGCCCAUCAAGCGAUCAAAGGGCAAGUUUCCCGACAUUGAGCGUGCACUUUCAAAUUGGGCGAGAAACCACCAAAGGCAAGGCCUGCCGCUAUCCGAUGCCAUUAUCCGCGACAAGGCACGCUUCUUUGCACAGACCGUCGGCAACUCGGACAGCCACCUCAAGGCCAACAGCACCAGCUGGCUGGAAAAGUUCAAGCAAAAGAACCAUCUCAUGGGUGCAAAGUCAAGAAAGGGAUCCAUAGCAGAAGAGUCCGAGGGAACCUCGAAUCCGCCGUCCAACGCGCAUACUCCCAGCGCCAUCUCGCCAACCUCGCCAGGUGGAGUAUCACCAGCCACCACGACCAUGAAGACUAAGAAGAGCGAAGAGAACCUAAAGACCGAAAGCCCAGACACAUAUGACUUUGGAAAUCACCGCAGGCCCUUCCAUUCCCAGAGUAGCACUUCACUGUCGAGCGUCUUCACCGACAAUGCGCCCUCGACCUUUUCAGGCGGCCCCACAAGCCCUACAUCGCUCUCGUCGCCAUUCUUCACCCCAGAUUCGGCCUGUGGACAAAACAACCCAUUUAUGCCAAAUCGCCAACCUGCCAACGGACAGCCCGGGUCCGGAAACUUUCAGCGGCCGCGAAGCCAGACGUUCCCCAUGCUCGUGGGCGUGGAGCAAUACAUGUCACCCCCGGGCUCCUCAGAUGCAUUGACUCCAAAGUACGUCAGUAGCGGCACUCUUGACUCGCCCAUGGCGGACAUGCCUGGGACUCUACCCGCCAUUGACGAAUCCAUGUCACUCUCGCCGACACAAAUGCCCAACUCGAUGCAGCCCCCUCCCCUGCCGGCUACGUCGGGCCAAGCGGACGACAAGUGCUCAUGCACCGACUCGUCGUUGAUGACACCAUCGCAAGAGGAAGCGGCGCGGGCCCUGGAGCUCGUCAUGAGCUUCUUCCAGUCGCAGAACGCAGGUUUCGUGGUGGAGCCACAAGAAUACGUGACCAUUGGCAAGCUCAUGGAGAAGCUACGAAUCAAGCGCGACUCCGAGGGCUUGUCCUCUGACAUGCGACGGGUGUCAGAGUCCAACUUUGCCACGAGCAAGCUUGAGAGCGUCGAUGCGAUCCACUAA